UGCAACCUCCACUCCCCCAAUCCACUUCUAGGGUCCAGUCUCCUCCCUCGUCUAUCCUUCAGCAUCUACUAGUCUCGUUUCAUCCUUGCGAUUCGGUCUGAACGUUUGAAUUGGGAUUUGUUACACACCGCGGCCCUACCAACCAAGCACCGAAUACCUGCAGUUGUUCCGCGUUACCUUCCUAAUCUCUAAAUCGGUUUUUGUUACUGGCCCACGCAGUCACCGAACUUUCUCGUCGACGCCAUUGUUGGUUAAUUCGCAUUACCACAUCGGCUUUAAAUCGCUAAUUGACUCGCUGCUGAAGCGUAACGAAAGACCACCAUCGAGAGAUAUCCCUACAUCGCCUCAAAGAGGAUCGAUUAAUCCCAAUAGGACGGCUCUUCGUGCCGUUUAAUCCGUGUCUACCGUCGCCCACGGUCGUUUGACUCACAGGGCCCUCAUUCUCCGCUGGACUCUCUGUCCCGAGGUCCCGAGAGUCGCCAUUCCCAGUUUCGCGGAACGCUGUCGCGCAAACGUCACUGCGAUUCAAGAUGUUUCUCUGCGGCGGCUCGACCUUUCGUCGCGAGCACGAGCUGGAGCAGCAGCAGCAGCAGCAGGAACAACCGCAGCAGCAGGCUGGGCUCAAGAAUCACCCCUCCCGUCAAUCGCACCCCAACACCGCGCACUCUAACCCGCUUGCGCGGCAGCAGCAGCAGCAGUACCACAUGUCACGCGCGUACGUGCACCAGAACUACGGCCAGCAUCAGCGCCAGCACCAGCAUGACAACCAGGCGCACGCGCAGGCGCAAGGCCACGCGCAAGGCCACGCGCAAGGCCAGGCGCACGCGUCCGCCGUACCCUCCGGAAUCAACGGCUACGCGCGCCAUCUCUCCAGCCGCCUCAUGCCGAAGAAGCGACCCAAGGAGUCCGCGGGCUUCCGCCAGGGCGCAACCGUCGGGUGCGCGGGCAGCGCGCGUGUGUUCGCCGCAGGCGCUGCGUCUGAGCGCAAGGUGCCCGCGGAGGAUUCCCCCGACGGGGGGGCGGAGCAGCCGGCGCAGAGCUUCAUGGGCGCAGCGACCCGCGGAAGCGGCGGUGACAGCAAGCUUCCCCGUAAGCCUGUACUGGCGUCCGCUGCGGCGGCUGCUGCGGCCAUAGCGGCGGCGAAAAUGGCGGCCUCCGCAGCUGCUGCCGCCGCCGCCACUGCCUCCGGCGCAGACAAGUUGAACCAUCCCCGCGCGGGGGGUGGACAGCUCGAGGACGAGUCAGCGGCGGCGGCGGCGCAGCCGCUUCCGCCGCUUCCGCCAGGGUUCCGCUUUAAGCCUACGGACGAGGAACUCGUUGCGCAUUACCUCGUUCCGCGCGCGCGCCUCGCGGACGAGUCUCUGGUCGGGCUGCCGUCUAACCCGCCAGUUCAAGCGGGAAGGCUCACCGGGCUGGCGGAUGCUAGCCGUUUGGGCGUUAACCGCAACGCAACCGCCGCCGCCGCCGCUGCGGGAGCGUCCGCGGAUGAGGGGAGGCGGGAGGGGAAGUCGCAGCAGCAGCAGCAGCAGCAGCAGGAUUGCGAGUGGAUGACGAUGAUUACGGAUCUGGAUGCGCUGGACAUGGAGCCUUGGGAACUCCCAAUGUCGUGCUGCAUCGGCGACAGCGAGUGGUACUUCUUCUCGACGCGCAGCCACAAGUACGGCCACUCGCGCCGCACCAACCGCUGCACAGCCAACGGCUACUGGAAAGCCACCGGCAACGACCGCACUGUGCACUUUGAGCCCGCCUUCCCUGGCACGGCUGUUGGCGUGGGCGGCGGAAUGGACGGAGGCAUGGGGGGAAUGGGCGGCGGCAUGGGAGGGCCAGGUUCGGAGAACGGACAUUACCUCCCACCGCACCAGCGUAACCAUUUUUACGGUAACCAGUCCCCGAUGCUGAACCAGCAGCAGCAGCAGCAGCAGGCGGUUUACCCCGGGGCGGGGGGAUAUGGCUCCCCUCACAUGCUCCCGCCCCAUGCCCAUGCGCUGUCGCAUAUGCACGGGCACUGGUACAACCGCGCGCAUGGGCAAGGGCAGGGGCAGGGGCAGAUGGAUGGGGUGGUUGUGGGGAUGAAGAAGACGCUAGUAUACUACGAGGGGAGGGCUCCCAGGGGGAAGCGCAGCGAGUGGGUGAUGCAUGAGUAUCGGCUGGAGCAGCGCAGCAGCAGCGGCAGACGCCCUGUGGGCUCGCUUGUGCUGUGCCGCGUCUACAACAAGGGCACCCACCCCUCGCUCGCCCAGCUGCCCCCUCGAGCCAUGUCCGCCCCUCUCCCUGCUGCUGCCGCCGCCGCUGCUGCUGCCGGCAUGGUUCCCGAGAUGUGCAUGGGUAUGGGUAUGGGCAUGGGCAUAGGUGGCAUGGGGAUGGGCAUGGGGAUGGCGUCCGAGAUGGAUGUGAGCAUGUGUGAUGGUAGCAUCGGCAUGGAUGGAGAAAUGGAGGGAGGUAUGGGUGAUGUUGCUUAUGGUGAUGGUAAUGAUGAUGAUGACGACGGUGACGGUGGUGCUGGUGAUGGCAUGGGGAUGCCUAUGCCUGGGAUGGAUGCGCUACCAUCCCCCACUUCUCCUGCUUACCAGCCCCAUCAUGCUCCCGUGGCUCCUACUUCUGUUGCUCUUGCUUCCGCACCAACCGCCGCCGCUGCUGCUGCUGCUGGUGUUGCUGCAGAGUUCUCUGCUGUGGGCCCCAGGAGCAACAGCAGCAGUGGGCGGUACAGCAACUCAUUCGGAAACAGCGGGGAGUUGGUGAAAGGAGCAGCAGCAAGGGCAGGCGAAUGCGCCAGUGGCUUGAGUGGCUUCAGUGGUGUGGGAUGCCAUGUUGCUGCUGCCACCACUGCUGCUGCUGCUGCUCCUGCUCCUGUUCCUGCUUCUGCUGCUGUUCCUUCCUCUGCUGCUGCUGGUGCUGUUUCACAGGAAGAGCCUGUGAAAACGGAAGCAGGGGAGGGGAAGGGGGAAGGUGUUGAUGAUGCCGCGUACAUUGCUGCAGCAGCUGCUGAUGCUGCUCCUGCUGCCGCUGCUGGUGCUGCUGUUGAUAGUAUCACUACUGCUACUGGAGUUUGCGCUGCAUCGAGCCCACGUGCUGCCUACAUUCCACCCUGGCUAGACGACGAGGAGGAUGAAGGAGAGAUUUGGCUAUCCCCAUGCGCGGGCAACACCCCUCUUUCGAACCACACACCGCUGUCCUGCAGCACGCCUCUAUCAGCGGCCGCCGCAGCAGCAGUGGCUGCAGCUGCUGCGGAAGCAGGGCUGUCAGGUGCCGAUCUUGAUGACUUUGAUCUGGGACUCGAUCUGGACUUUGGGGAUUUUCCCAUCAUGCCGCCGGAUGCUGCUGCUGCUGCGGCACACAAUGCACAGGGGGAGAGUCUUGCUACUGCCGCGGCUGCUGCGCCUGGUGCUGUUGACGGUGUCGCUGCAGGAGUAGAUGAUAUAACGCAUGGUUGCCUCACUCCGUCUGCUGCUGCAUCUAUUGCUGCUUCUGCUUCUGCUUCUGCUUCGGCUUCUGCCUCUGCUCCUGCUUCUGCUUCUGCUUCUGCUUCUGCUUCUGCCUACGCUGCUGUCUCCGCCAUUGCCUCUGGUUCUGCCUCUGCUUCAGAUGGCGCCCGGGACGUGUCUGUCUGUGGCAUGGAUACUUUGCACCACCCGCCUGACUGGCUGCUACCGCCAGCCAUGCAGCCAUGCGGGUAUGCUGAGGAUCAGCCACACAUGCCACCGCCCAGCUCACAGCUUACUUCAGCUGUUUUUUCUCCCGGCGCCAAUAUGAGCAGUGCUUCACCAUCGGCACCAACGUCUGCAGCAGCAACAGGAGCGGGAUCAGCAUCAGCAACAUCAGUGGCAGCAGUGGCAGCAGCAGCGGCAGCAGCAGCGGCACCAGGGAAUGGCACUGCAGCGGCUGCUGUGCCUGCACUCCUACCCUGCGUCUCUGCUGUCAACAACAACGCUGCUCCGGCCUCGGUAACAGCUGCUGCUUCUUUCCCUCCUGCCCCGGUUGCUGCUACUGCAGCGCCUGCUUGUGAACAGCAGCAGCAGCAGCAGCAGCAGCAGCAGCAUGGAGAAGGGGAGCACUCCCUUGACCACCAUGCACCGUUUAUGCAGUAUGAAGUGAAAGACCUGGACUAUGACCUCUCGAGCCUGCUCGCCGAGCCUUCCCUCGACUUGCCCGUGCAUAUGCAUUCGGGCAUGGGUAUGGGAGGGGAGAUGGAGGGAGGGCAGCACAGUAGCAUAUGGGACGCAAUGCAGGGGGAUGUGUGGGGGGAGGGGAGAGGGGGGAUGGGGACAGAGGGGGGAGGAGCAGGGCCCGUCGGAGCCAGAGGAACACGUGGAGAAGGAGGAGGGGGGGGGGGAGGAGGAGCAGGAAGAGCGGGAGGAGCAGGAGGAGUAGGAGAAGCAGGACGAGGAGGAGCGGGAGGUGUAACAGAGUGCAGGGUUGGGGGUCUGGACAUGAGUCCCUUUGACUGGUCGGAUCUUCCCCCGCACGCCCUCUCCGCAUCUGCCUCUCCCUUCAAGCGCAGCCGCAGCAUAAUGGAAAGAGAGGGAGGAGGAGAACGAGGAGGAGGAGAAAGAGGAGGGGGGGAAGGGAGGCAGGGGGGUGGGGAGGGGAGAAGUGUAGAAGAGCCUGUGCAGGGGAACAAUCCUGGGGGGAAGAUGAUGAGGGUGGGUACUGGCGAGGAGAGGCAAGGCGUGAGGGGAAGCGGGGGAGGAGGGGAUAACAGUGGUGGUGUUGGUGGUAACACCAGCAGCAACACUAACACCGCCACCAACCCCAGGGCCAGUGCUAACACCAAAAGCAGAACCGCGAACAACACUACCAACAUUGCGAACAACACCACUCAGUCUCAGCAUCUCCACAGGCCCAGCACCAGCAGCAUCAGCAGCGGUUACAGCAGCGGUGGUGUUGGCAGUGGUGGCACUGGCGGUGCUGGUGGUGGCAGUACCAGCAGCGCUAGUGGCCGCUACAACAGAGCCCCUCUCGCCAGCAUUCGCAUCAGUGCUGCUUCUGCUCCUGGUGCUGCUGCUUCCCCUGCUUGCACUCCGGCUGCUUAUGCGUCUAAACCCAGCAGUCCUGGCCGAUUUGGCGCUCUCGCCAAUAGCAGAAUGCGUCCUCCAGCAGCAGCAGCAACAGCCUCUGGUGCCAACGCAAAAUCUGCCUCGUCUUCAAGACCCGCUAAGUCGGCAAAGUCUGCGGCGACGACGUCGGCAGCAUCUGUGGAGGAGGCGUCUCGCAGCAACAUCUGCAUGACGCUGCGGCAGAUCAUUCUGCAGAGAGGGAGACCUCUUCCCCCGCCUGGCACCAGGAGCACUAGCCAGUAGUGUGUGACUUGCGCCAACUCGAAGGUCACCAAGCUGUGGAGGAGGCGUCUCACAGCAACAUCUGCAUGAUGCUGCGGCAGAUUAUUCUGCAGCGACCAAGACCUCUUCCCCGGCCUGGCACCAGGAGCACUAGCCAGUAAUGUGCACGUGCAUGUGCUGCAUGGCCAGUGAUGUACAAUGUCUUCCUCCUCCCCCUACUCCCCUUCCUCCCCUUCCUCCCCUUCCCUCACCAUAAGUGGCCUGCUUCCUGCUCCACUCGGCAGCAGCAGCGGCAGCAGUAGCAGCAGCAACCCACAGCCAGCUAGCCAUCCAACCUUCCCAAUGGCAUGCAGGGAGGUUGUGCGGCGUGCGCUUUCCCAUCUGCAAUAAUAUAUGAGACUAAUAAUAAUGUCCACGCAUGCCUUCCAUUGCCUGGCUUCCGUAGCACAGCAGCAGCCAGGAUCCACAGUACCUACCAGGUCGCUGGGGAGGGGGACGGGGAAUGGAGGGGGAUGGAUGGCAUGCAGAUGGGGAUGGGGAUGAGGGGAUGGCUCUAAGCUGGCGGUUUCUGCUAACCAUAGUGUACCUAACUACCGUACCUCUGUGACUAUAUCUUAGGAGUAUGUAGUUUUUUUGGAUGUUUAGCCUUUUGUGUACAAUAUUUAUGUUCAUUUAUACAGUGGUUUGUUUGUGA